GUACCUAUUUUUACGACAUUCAACUGUAGCAGCGGCCGACAGCGUGGAGCGGCUGCGGUGCGGUACGGCAGGUAGCUAGCAAGUGUUGUUGACGGCUAACGCUUUUGGCUUGUGCGACGAGCUUCAUGCCCAAACAGCCGCAACACGACGAUUCAGUCGCAAGAAAACCACCAGAACGCUGUGUUGUAUCGCGUCGUCGUCGACUUAGAUUUGCAUGUUUUCAUAAGCAGCAAAUAAAAACACAAUAAAUUAAAAAAAAAAUAUAUAAAAAUAAAUAACAACAAAACGUCGAGCAUUAAACGCAUGUUAAACGAUCGAGUGUAAUUUUCGCUGCUCACUUUCCUAGUUAAAACGAUUGCAUUGCGAGUGAAGCGACCGUUAUUCGCGUUGGUUAAUUUAAGUGAACGUAGAAAAACAUAAAAAUAAGAACAACAACAAAAAAUUCGAAAAGCAAAAUUAAGUAAAAAGAGUCGAGCGCGUUAAUUGCCAUACGGCAUUGUUAUUGUUUCGAUUUUUCUUGUUGUACAACAAUUUAGUGUGCACCGUUGUUGUUGUUGGCCAUUGGUGUGCAUUGCAGAGUUGCGUGCGACACACAAAGCAAAAGCGUUGCACAAAAUUGCAGCGAAAACAUUUCAAAAAUCAAAUCAAAUAAAACAACGACAACAACAACAAAACUAAUAACAUAAAAAACAAAAACAAAGCAGUUAACAAAUCGAAUUAAGUGGCAAAUAUAUAGAAAUCAUGCCGUCCGAAAACGAUAAAGAUAUUGAAAUCGGCAACAAAGUGGAAAAUGUUGUUGCCAGCGACAAUGUGGAAAGCGUCAGCGACACCCCCGCCGCCACCGUCGUCGUUGUGGCCGCCGCCAAGCCAGCGACGGAGGAUUCGGCCGGGCGCACCGAUGCAACGACAACGAAUGGCAAUACUGUAACAACGCCGGCAACGGUAAACAAGGAGGCAAUCGCCACGGUCGCGGCGCAAGAGCAGACGCCGUCGCAACCGAAACGCGAAACCGGUGGUGGCUUGCAGGCCAACAUCGAGCCGAUGCAACAAUCUAAUGCAGGCAAAAUGGAUGAGGAUGCCACACUGACGAACUUUAAGGUGUUGUACGUGGUGACGCAACUCUGCGGCUUGACGAUGAUCAUUUUGGUUAGCUGUUGGGUUGGCAUACAUUUCGGUGGCGUUGGCGGCACCGCCAAUCCCGGGCUCGAAUUCAAUUGGCAUCCGUUAUUUAUGACAAUCGGCCUGAUAUUCUUAUACGGCAAUUCCAUACUCGUCUACCGUGGCUUCCGCAAUGUGCGCAAGAAGACGCUCAAGUGGGCGCAUGCCGGCAUCCAUUUGACAGCCUUCGUACUCACCGUUAUUGCACUGAUCACCGUCUUCGAUUCGCACAACCUGGCCAUUCCGCCAACACCGAACAUGUACUCGUUGCACUCGUGGAUGGGUAUGGGCGCUGUCAUCGUCUUCGGCUUGCAGUAUGUAGCCGGAUUUACAGCCUAUCUCGCACCUGGCUGGCGGCAGCAACUUAAGGUCGCCUACAUGCCAUUGCACAUAUACUUCGGACUUUUCGGCUUCGUCUUGGCUAUAGCAAGCGGCCUCAUGGGUAUCACCGAGAAGGCUAUAUUCGCUAUUUCCGAUUAUUCAUCGUUUUCGAGCGCUGGCGUCAUGGGUAACUGCUUAGGCGCGGUCUAUGUGAUUUUCGGCGCUUUGGUAGUUUAUCUUGUGACCGAGGGUUCGUAUAAGCGCAAACCAUUGCCGGAGGAUGCUGUGCUGCUAACGGGUGCUAAUGAAUAAAUAUAUAUACUGUAUGUAUAUAUGUGUGGACAAGCAGCUGAUUUGUUUGGGUUGUGUAAUGCUGUGCAGUUAAAUAGUCGCGAAGUUGAAACUCUAUGUUCUCUUACUUUCCAUUAAUGUUUCUAUGUUUUAAUGCAGUUAUGUAGCGGUUUAUGUAUGUGUAUAUGUUAUUUGCUAAAGAAGAUAUGCGGAUAGAGUGGGUGCUAAAUGCAUACAAACAUACAUAUAUCGAAAUAUUAUAUAAAUCAGCUACAUAUAUACAAGCGAACGCACAUUUAUAUGCAAGCACAAGUUAAAAUACAACAAAUAUAUGCUUGUGUGUUGGUAUGUGUGCCGUCACAUUAGGGUGCUUAUUUGAAUUUGUGUGCUUUUUGGUGCAUAUUUUAAGUAUUUUUUGUUGUCUUUAAAGUUUUUCUGUUUUGCAUAAUAAUAUAUUUAUAUAUACACAUUUACAUACCAUAGUUACUAACUAACUUAUAUAUAUAUACUUAUAUAUACCCAUACAAAUAUUUAUAUAUAUGCAUACAAACAAUUUAUAUAUGUAUAUAUAAUACUAUAUAUAUUUUGAAUGGCUUGGGGAGGCCAACUAGAGCACAAAAUCUGUGACGCUUUUGAAAACUUUUACAUAAAUGCUUUAUAUAAUGACCGUAAUAAAUACAUACAUACAAAUAAAUAAAGUUAUAAUGUUUGAAAAAAUUUCUAUAAUUUAAAA